AUGACUGCCAUUUGUAAAAAUUUUGACGUGUUUCUGUCUAGCCCAUCAUCUUUCGCCUCACUUCGCUCAUGGAUCAAUGAGUGUGAAAAGAACGGGCUCACAGCUGAUUGUGAUGUGCCACGAAUUCUUAUUGGAAAUAAAUGCGACCUAAAAUCGUCGAAAUCGUCGCGUGUUGAUACGGAUGCUGCUCAGGUGUUUGCUGACCGUAACAAUAUGGCACUGUUUGAAACGUCGGCUAAAGCAGAUUCUGAAGCAGAUCAUGUGGAAUCGAUAUUCCUAACCUUGCUACACAAACUGCAGCAGAGCAAACCUAUGCAUGUACAGAGUGAAGUAGAGCGACAGGCGAAGGAACAAGAACGUCUAGUACUGAAGGCCAGCGAAGCCAAUGAAUUGACCGAAGAGGGCUGGUGCUGCUAG